GGCAUUGAGAAAAUAACACAAAUGGUCUCUUAACCGCAACUACAACCUACAAUUGAUGUAGACUCCGUCAUUUCCCCCAAGCUCAAGUUUCCUCAUAGUUUGAAUGCACCUUUUUCAUCUCCCUUCAAUCACACACUAUACUACCAAUUUUUGCUCUAAGAACAAUUUACUAAAAAUCACAUGCUCAUCAAUGAGCAUAGUCUCAAAGAAGUUGAGUAAGAUGAACAAAAAUGGGAAUUCACAUCUCACAAAACUUGCCAGUUUCUAAGGAAAACUCAUCUUUCUAGUCCAUUUCUUAUUAAUUCUUCAGUCACAGCCUUCACCUUUACAACAAAGAUAGCUUGCAUUUUUUUGCUGUAUAGAAAAUCAAAGCAAUAUAGCCCCUUAACCACAAAACACUAACCAAUUACAGAAAAUUUCACAACAUCAACCACCAUGAGUAUUGAUAUAACUUUUACUCUUUUUCUCAUAAUCCAACUACUUGUGAGAGCAGAAUCAAUAAGCAGAGGAGAUUUCCCAGAAGGGUUUAUUUUUGGAACUGCUUCUUCAGCUUUUCAGUAUGAGGGAGCUGUUGAUGAAGGGAAUAAAGGAGAUAGCAUUUGGGACACUUUCUCAAAAAUACCAGGGAGAAUUGUGGACUUCAGUAAUGCAGACAUAGCAGUGGAUCACUAUCACCGAUUUCAGAAUGAUAUAAACUUAAUGAAGGAUUUGGGAAUGGAUUCCUACAGAUUUUCCAUAUCAUGGCCUAGAAUUUUCCCAAAUGGAACAGGGGAACCCAAUACAGAGGGAAUAAAAUAUUACAACAGCCUCAUUGAUGCUUUACUGGAAAAAGGAAUACAACCUUUUGUGACUCUAUAUCAUUGGGAUCUUCCACAGAUGCUUGAAGAUAAAUAUGAAGGAUGGUUAAGCACACAAAUCAUAAAAGAUUUCGAGCACUAUGCCUAUACCUGCUUCGAAGCUUUUGGCGACAGAGUCAAGCACUGGAUUACCUUCAAUGAACCUCAUAACUUUGCUCUCCAUGGUUAUGAUUUAGGCAUUCAAGCACCAGGAAGAUGUUCCCUUCUGGGUCAUCUUGUGUGCAAGAAGGGAAAAUCAUCCACUGAACCAUACAUUGUUGCUCAUAACAUUCUCUUAUCCCACGCUGCUGCCUAUAGAAGUUACCAACAACAUUUCAAGGAACAACAAGGAGGUCAAAUAGGGAUAGCACUAGAUGCAGUUUGGUAUGAACCCAUAACUGAACUUGAUGAAGAUAAAGAUGCAGCAGCAAGAGCUAUGGACUUUUCACUUGGAUGGUUCCUUGACCCACUUAUCUUUGGAAAAUAUCCUCUCUCAAUGAAAAAUCUUGUGGGUGAGAGAUUGCCAGAGAUUUCUGAAACAACCUCAGACUUGCUUGUGGGAUCUUCAGAUUUUAUUGGCAUAAAUCACUAUACCUCAGUGUAUACUCGUAAUGACAGGACUCGAAUUCAUAAACUGAUUAUGCAGGAUGCUGCAUCUGAUGCUGCUGUCAUCACAACCGCAUACAGAAGAGGAUCUGCAAUUGGAGAAAGGGCAGCUUCACAUUGGCUUCACAUUGUUCCAUGGGGCAUCAGAAAGUUGGUAAAAUAUGUGAAAAGCAAAUAUGGGAACACACCAGUAAUUAUUACAGAGAAUGGAAUGGAUGACCCAGGCAGACCCUUUAUGACCUUAGAAAAGGCAUUAAAAGAUGACAAGAGGAUAAGAUACCAUAGAGACUAUCUCUCUAACCUAUCUGCUGCUAUAAGGCAAGAUGAUUGCAACGUACGUGGUUACUUUGUGUGGUCAUUGCUUGACAAUUGGGAGUGGAACUUGGGAUAUACUGUACGGUUUGGACUCUACUAUGUGGAUUAUAGUAACAAUCUUACUAGGAUACCAAAAGCUUCGGCGCAAUGGUUCAAGAACAUACUCAGUUUUGAAGCAGAGAACAGGAGUGAAAUUUGAAUUGCUUUGUCAUGCAUGAUCAAACUCAUUUUGUGAUUGUAAAGUUAUUUGAAAAUUAAUGAAUGAAACGAAAUGAAAUUAGCAAA